AUGGCCCGGCUCGUUACCGUGAAAGCCCGGCGCAUGGUGAUCCUGAUCUUGGCAAUCUUCUUAUGCAUCCAGUUUGACACGUGCAUGGUCAAAGGUGGGGUCAAUGCCAAGAAAAGAGAGAAAGCGACAGUCACAUCGAAAGAGCUUCGGGACUCUUGCGUACUAUCUUUCUGCACUGGUGUUUUUUUGUGCCAGACAUCCAGAGACGACCCUCAACUGUUCCUUGUGGUUUGUUCUGGUUUGGCUGUUCUUGCCUGCCUUCCUUGA